AUGGGGGUUCUGGGGCAGUGGGCAGCGGGGCUGGUAUGGGUUGUGUUGGCGUCGGCACUAGCUGACUCCUGGACAGCCUAUCAAGAGCAGCCUUGCUGUCGGCCUGUGACGCACCAUCGUAUUAGACAUCACAGAGAUCACAUAAGAGAAUUCUCCUGUGGGAAUCUUUUUUAUCGUACACUGUAUAUGAAUGAAGAAAGAAACACGCUUUACGUCGGUGCAAUGGAUCGAAUAUUUAAGCUUAAUAUGUCAGAUAUAAGCCAAUCACAUUGUGAGAGAGAUGCACUGCUAUUAGAAGCAAGUAACGUAGCGCGAUGUGUAAGCAAAGGCAAAUCAGAGCCGUUUGAGUGCAGAAACCACAUCCGAGUACUCCAGCCGCUUGGCGAUGGUGAGCGCUUGUACGUGUGCGGCACCAACGCACACAGUCCAAAAGACUUCGUGGUUUAUUUGAACCUGACACAUCUACCGAGGCACGAAUACGUGCCAGGAGUGGGCUUGGGGGUUGCCAAGUGUCCCUACGACCCAGCAGACAAUAGCACUGCGGUGUGGGUCACGCAGGGCAAUCCCGGCGGCUUGCCAGCUCUUUACGCGGGCACUAAUGCCGAAUUUACUAAAGCGGAUCCGGUCAUAUUUAGAAAUGACCUCUUUGAUUUUCGAACAGGUCAAAAGAGGUUUAACUUCAAACGGACUCUCAAGUAUGACUCCAAAUGGCUGGAUAAAACCAAUUUCGUGGGGUCAUUUGACGUCGGUGAAUACGUUCUUUUCUUUUUUCGUGAAACCGCCGUGGAGUUCAUGAAUUGUGGGAAAGCAGUUUACUCUCGGGUAGCAAGAGUAUGCAAACAUGACACCGGCGGCAAGCACAUUCUAAGCCAAAAUUGGGCUACUUAUUUGAAAGCCAGGCUCAACUGUAGCAUACCAGGAGAAUUUCCGUUCUACUUUGAUGAAAUACAGAGCGUAUAUCAAAUGCCUGGUGAUCCCAGUAGAUUCUACGCAGCUUUUACGACCGGCGCCAGUGAUGGCUUAAUCGGAUCUGCAAUUUGUACAUACACCAUGGAAGAUAUUCAAGAAGCUUUUGCCGGCAGGUUCAAAGAGCAAGCGACUUCGAGUUCAGCGUGGCUGCCAGUACUAAGAGCCAGGGUACCCUCCCCGCGACCGGGAACCUGUGUUAACUCUACAGAAGCAUUACCUGACAAUGUUCUUAACUUUAUAAGAUCUCAUCCGUUAAUGGAUUCGGCAGUGCGUCAUGAAGGAGAUACUCCAGCGUUUUACAAACGUGACCUGGUUCUCACAACCUUAGUGGUGGACAGACAGUUUGUUGAUAUGCUUGGAGAUGAUAUCACAUACACAGUAUUCUAUGCUGGCACCAGUCAGGGUGAGGUAUAUAAGAUAGUUCAGUGGACGGGGGGCGGAUCUCGUGUGGCAGAUGUGUGGCGCGCCGCUGGUGACGAACCUGUCAGAGCUCUGGCUAUCUCAAGACAACUUCAUGAGCUAUACCUUGCCACAGACAAUCGGCUGAGACAACUUCCGCUACGUGCGUGCGCGCAUCGUUACGACAGUUGCAUGCGCUGUGUGCUAGACCCCUACUGCGGUUGGGACAAGGAAGUAGGAGCAUGUCGUCCAUACGCCCCCGGGCUACUUCACGACGCCACAAACUCCACACCAUCGAUCUGUGAAGCCAGCGCCCCUCUGAAAACAGUCAGGGCGGGCUACGGUCAGAGUAUACAUCUGGCCGCAUUUGGAAAAACGCCAGAGGCGCUAAAAGAUCAGCACGUUACUUGGUACCACCAUUCCAGGGAGAAGGGUCGUUAUAAAAUCAUUUACAACUGGGAGCGAGUGCUUCAGACGUCAGAGCGCGGUUUAGUGCUACUGUCGGUGUCAGAUUCUGACAGAGGACGUUACGAAUGCUAUUAUGGGCCCACACUCAUCGCUUCGUAUAAUUUAGACAUAGAUAUUCACAGAUGUACCCAACCUAACAAAUCUCAGGAGUAUAAACAAGUUUACUCGGACUGGUGUCACGAAUUUGAAAAAUAUAAAAGUGCAAUGAAAGCCUGGGAAUCGAGACAACUGCAAUGCUCCAAAAACACGAAUGCAUCGAGCCAGCAAAACAGCAUGAGCAACGAGAUAGUGGCCUCCCUGCGGUGA